UCAGAUUGAGAAUCUGCAGGAGCAGCUGAGAGACAAGGAGAACCAGAUGAGUAAUCUGAAGGACAGAGUCAGGUCCCUCCAGACAGACACCUCCAACACUGACACAGCUCUCACCACCUUGGAGGAAGCCCUGGCUGAGAAGGAGCGGAUCAUUGAGCGUCUGAAGGAGCAGAGAGACAGAGACGACAGAGAGAAGACAGAAGACAUCGAGUCCAACAAGAAAGAACUGAAGGAGCUCAGAGAGAAACUCAGUCUAUUGCAGGGAGACCUGUCUGAUCGAGAGACCAACCUGUUAGACCUCAAGGAGCAUGCGUCGUCCCUGGCCUCCUCUGGUCUGAAGAAGGACUCUAAACUGAAGAGUCUGGAGAUGUCUCUGGAGCAGAGGAAAGACGAGUGCGUCAAGAUGGAGAACCAGCUCAAGAAGGCCCAGAAUGCCGUGCUGGAAGCCCAGGCCAACACGGAGCUGUCAGAACGGAUCGUCACUCUGGAACAGGAAGUGACUCGGCACAGAGAAGAUUCUGGGAAGGCCCAGGUGGAGGUGGACCGGUUGUUGGAGAUCCUCAGAGAGAUGGAGAACGAGAAGAACGACAAGGACAAGAAGAUCAAUGAACUGGAGAAACAGAUGAAGAGUCAGACUAAGACGGUGACCAACCUGAAACAUAAGGAACAGGUGGAGAAGAGUAAGAAUGCCCAGCUGAUGGAGGAGGUCAGGAAGAGAGAGGACAACAUCAAUGAGAGCUCUCAACAGGUCAAGGACUCCCUGCGGCAGAAGGAGGAGCGUAUAGAGGAGCUGGAGGAGGCUCUGAGAGAGAGUGUCCAGAUCACAGCAGAGAGAGAGAUGGUUCUGGCUCAGGAGGAAGCUGCCCGCACACACACUGAGAAACAGAAGUACUUGCGUGACUCCAACCACACCGGCUUUAAGUGGUGCAAGAUGGAGGAGCUGCUUGCGGCCAUGGGGAAGGUGAAACUGGAGCUGGAGUCCAUGCAGGCCAAGCUGUCCUCUACCCAGCAGUCAUUGGCUGAGAAGGAGGCCCACCUGAUCACGCUGAGGGCAGAACGCAGGAAACACCUGGAGGAGGUGCUGGAGAUGAAGUAAGAGAGAUGAUAUAUAUACCCACCUGACCACGCUGAGGGCAGACAGACACACCCUGUUAUUCAUGAGGUCCCGCCGUGGACUGUUCAGAUAAGAAUACUGUUAUUUAUUGUGUUGAUCUUUAAGCCUCAGUGGCUUUGGGAAAAUAGUUGAUAUAUUCAAAUGGUGUGUAGUGUAUGUAGUGGGUAAAUGGUGUGUAGUGUAUGUAGUGGGUAAAUGGUGUGUAGUGUAUGUAGUGGGUAAAUGGUGUGUAGUGUAUGUAGUGGGUAAAUGGUGUGUAGUGGAUGUAGUGGGUAAAUGGUGUGUAGUGUAUGUAGUGGGUAAAUGGUGUGUAGUGUAUGUAGUGGGUAAAUGGUGUGUAGUGUAUGUGGUGGGUAAAUGGUGUGUAGUGUAUGUUGUGGGUAAAUGGUGUGUAGUGUAUGUAGUGGGUAAAUGGUGUGUAGUGUAUGUUGUGGGUAAAUGGUGUGUAGUGGAUGUAGUGGGUAAAUGGUGUGUAGUGUAUGUUGUGGGUAAAUGGUGUGUAGUGGAUGUAGUGGGUAAAUGGUGUGUAGUGUAUGUAGUGGGUAAAUGGUGUGUAGUGGAUGUAGUGGGUAAAUGGUGUGUAGUAUAUUUAGUGGGUAAAUGGUGUGUAGUAUAUUUAGUGGGUAAAUGGUGUGUAGUAUAUUUAGUGGGUAAAUGGUGUGUAGUGUAUGUAGUGGGUAAAUGGUG